AGGGCACGUCGCCGCCGGGCGCCCGCACGUCCGACCGUCCGCGUCCGCGUCUGCGUCUGCGUGUGGGCGGCGAACAUGGCGGCGUCCGCGCCCGGCCUGGGCGGCGCUGCGGGCCCCGGCCCCGAGGCCGGGGACUUCUUGGCGCGGUACCGCCAGGUGUCGAGCAAGCUGAAGAAGCGGUUCCUGCGGAAGCCCAACGUGGCGGAGGCGGGCGAGCAGUUCGGGCAGCUGGGCCGGGAGCUGCGCGCCCAGGAGUGCCUGCCCUACGCGGCCUGGUGCCAGCUGGCGGUGGCGCGCUGCCAGCAGGCGCUCUUCCACGGGCCUGGGGAGGCGCUGGCGCUCACCGAGGCCGCCCGCCUCUUCCUGCGGCAGGAGCGCGACGCGCGCCAGCGACUCGCCUGCCCGGCGGCCUACGGGGAGCCGCUGCAGGCCGCCGCCAACGCCCUGGGCGCCGCCGUGCGCCUGCACCUCGAGCUGGGCCAGCCGGCCGCCGCCGCCGCCCUCUGCCUGGAGCUGGCCGCCGCCCUGCGCGACCUGGGCCAGCCGGCCGCCGCCGCCGGCCACUUCCAGCGCGCCGCCCACCUGCAGCUCCCGCAGCUGCCCCUGGCCGCGCUGCAGGCGCUUGGCGACGCCGCCUCCUGCCAGCUGCUGGCGCGCGACUACAACGGCGCCCUGGCGGUCUUCACGCGCAUGCAGCGCCUGGCGCGGGAGCACGGCAGCCACCCGGUGCCGCCGCCGCCGCCGCCGCCCCCGCCGCCGCCGCCUCCGGGGCCACAGGUCGGGCCCGGCGCGGCCCCGGCCCUGCCCGCCGCGCUGCUCCCUGCGAACGGCGGCCCUGCGCCCGCGCCCUCUCCCGCCACACUGGGCGCCUUCUCCGACGUGCUGGUCCGCUGCGAGGUGUCCCGCGUGCUGCUGCUGCUGCUGCUGCAACCGCCGCCCGCCAAGCUCCUGCCGGAGCACGCCCACACUCUGGAGAAGUACUCCUGGGAGGCUUUCGACGGCCACGGGCAGGAGAGCGGCGGCCAGCUUCCUGACGAGCUGUUCCUGCUGCUGCAGUCCUUGGUCAUGGCCACCCACGAAAAGGACACGGAAGCCGUCAAGUCGCUGCAAGUGGAGAUGUGGCCACUGUUGAGUGCCGAGCAGAACCACCUCCUUCACCUGGUUCUGCAAGAAACCGUCUCCCCCUCGGGACAGGGCAUCUGAGGACUCACGUGAACGAAGGCACUCGUUGCUUGCUACCAAACGUCGUGCGUCUCCCUUGGCGUUUCGGGGGGAAAUACAAGUCGUGGAUGCCGGCAGAGUU